AUGCGUUUUAAAAAAGUAGUUACCUCCCGCAAGGUAAGUUUCGCCAGCUCGAGAGAGAACAUGAAGGCAGAUUGUUUUGUGCUCGGAGUAUGCUGUUCUAUCGUGGCUUGUGUGUUCGGUGAUGAUAUGACAGUGAAGGUGGGAGAUUCAGUCUCUCUAAAGACUGAUAUGAAGAAAAAGCAAGAUGACACAAUUCUGUGGUAUUUUGAAGACAAUCGCAUUGCUCUAAUCAAUCAUGGUCCAAGUACAAGCUGUAAAUAUGAAGGUGAAGGUGGGAGAUUCAGAGACAGACUAGAGAUAGACUAUGAGACUGGAUACCUGUCCAUCACAGACAUCAGAUUUGAAGAUGAUGGAUGUUAUGAAGCAGAGUUAAUCAGAGGCAAAAUUCCAGGCAAAACCACAAGCUUGAACAGACCCAGAACAUGUGACAGCACAAAAAUAAUCCACAAAAACAAACUUGGUGACAGCAUAAAAAAAAUCAAUGUUAAUGUCAGAGACAAAAGCGAAGAAAAAGCCACUACAAUUGAGACAGGAAAUAACAAAAGCGAAGAAAAAACCACUACAAUUGAGACAGGAAAUACUAAAAACGAAGAAGAAUCUUCCAAAAUUGAGAUAGGAAAAAACAAAAGUGAAGAAGAAUCCACUACAAUUAAGACAGGAAAUACUAAAAACGAAGAAGAAUCUUCCAAAAUUGAGAUAGGUAAAAUUUUAGGUGUUGUAGCAACAAUUGCAGUUGCUGUUCUGCUGGCUGUAGCUGGUGUGAUUUGCUGGUGCUACAGGAUCUCCAGAAAUGCAGUCAUGGAGAAAAACAAGUCUGCACGUCUUUUGGAAGAUCAGAGGAAAGAUGACAGUGAUGUGCCUUAUGAGAAUCCUUCCAACGUAUUAAUUAAUUAAAUCAGUAAAAAAAAAAAAUCUGAUUUUACUGAGCCUCUUGAAAUCACAGAUGUUAAAAUGUGCUUGUUCUGUUGAACUGUUGAACACGAAAUAUAUGCAGGCCACACUGAUGAAUGACAAAGAAUUUUUGGAAUUAAUAUUUUGUAAAUAUUAAACUACUUGUUACUGGAGGUGUAUAUAAUGUUAGUGUGACUUUUUCAGGCUGUUUGUUAGAAGUAAUUGCAGGGUUGUUUAAUGGAAAUAUCCUUUGUAAAAGAAUGAUCUAUAAUUACUUCUUCAACUUAGCAGGGGCUUUUACAAAGUGACCUACAAAUGAGAAAUGUCAUAGGCUAUAGUUAAAUGUCUUUGUUUGUUGUUCUGGGUUAGUUAAGUCUGUGUGAAAAUGUUGUAUCUUCACAUAUUUCCUGAAGAUAUCACAGAGGAACAUGUACUGUAUUAGGGCUGUCACUAAGAAUUAUUUUGGUAUUUGAGUAAUCCUUUGAUCAUUCUGAUGACUAUUCAACUAAUUUGAUAUCAAAAGCAAGUAAUCAUAUUUUUACUGAAUAAAACUAUGUAAAUACAUAAUAUAUUUUAAACAGUAGAACUAAUAUACAUUUAGCAUUAUAACAAAUGACUGCAUAGGGCGCCAACGGCGAUUGUUUUUACACUUUACUGUGUGAUCUAAUCCUUGUUUAGUAUUGGCUAGAUAUGGCUAUUGGUAGAGACAUAUCUGUAUACAGCUGUGUUAUUUUACAGGAGAAAAUUGUGUAGCUACUGUACAAAUAUGACACUCAUUUGAUGGAGACUGCCAGUGAGAUGUCAAGCAAUGUAAAUGUAAAUAA